AUGCCCCUGUUCAACAGUCGUAAAGAAACAUCUAGCGCUGCACCACUCACUCGCCAGCCGAUCGACCUACAGCGAUUAUUAGCGGUGUACGAUGAUUAUCCCAAUGUCACCCGUGAAUUAGACGACACCACUAACCGACUGGAAGAGGCCGAAGAGGCCGCUCGACUAGCUUAUACCAAGCGAGAUGAUGCGGAAAAGGAUCUACAGGAUGAACGGAAAGGGCGUAAAGCCGAUAACGAGCGGGCAGCAAGUGAAAAAGAAAAGGCAGCAAGGGAAGCUAAGAAGGAAAAAGCAGACGCCGAGAAAGCUAGAGAGGAGAAAGUAAGAAACGAGUUAAAUCCCAAGAUCAAAGACCUCGAGACGAAGCUUAAGAACGUCACGGAGGAUAAGAAUCGAUUAGAUAAAGAGUUGAACGAGAAGAAGAGGCAGAUGGAGAACUGGAUAACGAGUUUGGAGAAAUUGAGUAUAGAGAGGAAGAGCGGGUAUGAAAAGGAACGAAAAGCUGUUGAAGAGCGUUGGGCCAGCGAGGAGAAGACUAGGAAGCUGGACGAGGAUAUACUGGAGGGACUGAAGAAGGCUCUGAAACCGGCGGAUACGGCUAGUAUCAGCGAGGGUAAGAAGGUGGACGGGAUAUGA